AUGGCCGCCGAACUCUCUCACCCUUCAAUUCAAGACGGUUGGUUCCGUGAGAUUUCUGAUGAACAUUUUCCAGGUCAGGCCUUCGAGCUUCGAGUUGAAAAGAUUCUAUUCCACGAGAAGUCCCAGUUUCAAGAUAUCUUGGUCUUUAAAUCCACCGAUUACGGUAACGUGUUGGUGUUGGAUGGGGUCGUUCAAUGUACUGAGCGUGAUGAAUUUUCGUAUCAAGAGCUUAUAGCACAUGUUCCAAUGUUUGCCCACCCAAGCCCUCGCAAAGUUUUGAUUAUCGGUGGAGGUGAUGGCGGGGUGCUUCGUGAAGUUUUGAAACAUGAGGAUGUUAUUGAAGAAGUGGUACUUGUGGAAAUUGAUGAAUAUGUUAUCAAUUUGAGUAAGCAGUACUUCCCAGAGAUGGCCUCUGGUUUCGAGCAUCCAAAGGCUAAAAUAGUGUUGAUGGAUGGGUUUCAAUAUUUGAAAGACAACCAAGGAAAGUUUGAUGUCAUCAUUACCGAUUCCUCUGACCCUGAAGGUCCUGCAGAAAACUUUUUCCAAGUAGAUUAUUUCAAAUUACUUAGAGAUUCCUUGGUUGAUGAUAAUGGGAUUGUCAUUUCGCAAUCCAGCGAAAAUAUCUGGUUGAAUUUGAAGAAAUUGAAGCAAAUUUAUCACACCGUCAAAGAAGUUUUUCCAAUGGUGAAAUAUUGUUACACUUGUACCCCAAGUUACACUUCUGGGCAGCUAGGAUUAAUUGUCAGUUCUAAGAAUGCUGCAUUGGAUGUUGCGGUAGCGACCAGAUCCUGGGACCAAGCAAAGCAAAAUAACUUAUUGAGAUAUUAUAAUAGCAGAUUGCAUGCGGCCAGUUUUGUGCUACCUAACGCUGCUAAGGUUUUUUUGGAGGAUGAAAACUAG